AUGGCCAAGAUCGACGCGGCCGUCGCCAAGGCGCGUGCCCUUGACAUGCUGGAGUUUAUCAACGCGGCGUGGACGCCAUACCAUGCAGUCGAGGAGUCUGCAAAGCGGCUGGCGGCGGCGGGGUUCCAGCACAUUGCUGAGAAGGAUGCCUGGGACCUCCAACCCGGCGGCAAGUACUACUUCACACGCAACAUGUCCACCAUCGUGGCCUUCGCCGUGGGCAAGAAGUACAGCCCAGGGAACCCGUUCUACAUGAUUGGGGCCCACACAGACUCCCCUUGCCUCAAAGUCAAGCCCGUGUCCAAGGCCACCGGCGGGGGCUGCCAGCUCAUCAAUGUCGAGACAUACGGCGGCGGCCUUUGGUACACCUGGUUUGACCGAGACCUGGGGGUCGCGGGCCGCGCGCUGGUGCGGGAGGGCGACAGACUGGUGCACAGGCUCAUCAAGGUGACUAAGCCGGUGCUGAGGAUUCCCAUGCUGGCGAUACACCUCCAGAGAAACAUGUACCAGGAGGGCUUCAAGCCCAACUUCCAGACCAACCUGAUGCCCCUGCUGGCCACCUCCGGCAAGGCCGCCGCCGCCGCCGCCGCCGCCGCCCCCGUCACCCCCUCCGCCGUCGCCGGCGCGAGCGCCGCCGCGGCCUCGCCCGACGGCGCCGCCGCCGCCGGCGACCCCGCGACCAACGGCGCCGCGGGCGCGGACGGGUCGGUCGCGGCGAAGCACCACGCGCUGUUCAUGCAGCUCGUCGCCGACGAGCUGGGGUGCAGCCCGAACGACGUGGUGGAUUUCGAGCUGAACGUGUGCGACGUGCAGCCGGGGGUGCUGGGGGGCGCGGCGGAGGAGUUUGUGUUUGUGGGGCGGCUGGAUAAUUUGGCGUCCUGCUACACGGCAAUCGAGGCCCUGUGUGACUCAGUGCGUGGCGAUGACUCGCUGGAUGAUGAGGUGGCGGUCCGCAGCCUGGCCUGCUUUGAUCACGAGGAGGUCGGCAGCGACAGCGCGCAGGGCGCGGGCGGCCCCGUCAUGCGCGACACCAUCACCCGCGUCGCGCGGGCGCUCUCCCAGGGCCAGGAGGGCGCGGUGGAGCGGGCGCUGCGGCAGUCCUUCCUCGUCUCGGCCGACAUGGCCCACGCGCUGCACCCCACCUACACCGACAAGCACGACGCCCUCAACGCGCCCGCCUUCCACGGCGGCCUGGUGCUGAAGCACAACAGCAACCAGCGCUACGCCACAAACGCCAUCAGCGCCGCGCUGUUCAGGGGGUUGGGGUCGGGGGUUGAGGUUGGCGCGUUCUCGGUGGGGUCGACGGGGUGA